AUCCAUUUUAUCUUCAUGUUGGUGAGAUGGUUCUUGAAGAUUUACAAAAAUACGCUCGUGUAGAAUGUGGCUUUGCAUCUGUCAAAGAUGUUCUCACCAAGAAGUUAGAAAAUUUAUCUUUACCACCUUUAGACCCUUAUGGCUAUUGCGAAGUUCCAUAUACGGAUCCAGUGAUAAUAGAUGAAAAUAUUGGAGAAUCUUCUCAUGAAUCAAGUGUGCAAGAUGGACAAUUAGUAAUUCACGUACAAUAUCAUGAUAAAAAUUGA